UCAAAGUCACAACCGAUCGCAGCGGCAACGCAAAAGUCAGCAACAUUUUGCUGUUGUCUCAACAUUGUUCAUAACGCAAACGUACGUUGACUUGAGCGAGUCGUUGGAUUGGCGAUCGGUGGAUGGCGCGCGCAAAUCAAUCGCUUUAAAAUCGACCAGCGAAGUGAACAUUGCAGUGAAGUGAAUAAGCAAAAAGAAGAAGAAAUAAACAAAACAAAUCAAAAAAUAAAAUAUAAAAUUUACUUUAACAAAAAGUGUUAAACAGUGGAGUAAAACAAAGCAGAGUGUCAGCCAAUGCGCGCACAGCUGACUUGUAUGCGCCGGUCCGAGCGAGUUUAAAACGGAAAAAAUAAUAAAAAAUAAAAUCGAAUUUGUGUCGAAUCGGGUGGAGUGCGUGUGCGCAUGCGUACCCUAGUAUAGUGACAGCGCCGUGCUGGCGACGUGGUCAAGUGCGUGAAGUGCAGCGUCCAGACGACGGACAGACAGUCAAUUUGUUAAAUAGAUAGAUAUAAUAUACAGAGCGUUAUCGGUUACAAUUCAUACGCGUGCAUAUAGUCUAUAAUAUACGGAACGAACGGAUCGGCAUUCAAAAAUAUUCUCAUACACAUACACACGCUUACCCACUAGGAACAACAACAACAGCAGCAACAAUUGCCGAGCUCGCCACAGUGAUAUAUAAAAUAAGAGAAUUAUGCAAUUUAGUUUUAUAAUGUCGACGACGUUUGUCUGCUGUGCAGCGCGUAGAAGAUGAUCGAAGCCUUUGCCAAUAAUAUAGGAAGUCAUUUGGGGCGUCAUCUAUUCUACUGGGCUGUGUCCCAACCGGAAGUGAACGGUCUCAACCUGCGUCUCACGGAGUUAAUCAACAAAUUCCACGGUCCACUUGAACGUGGCGUUCAGGUGUUGGACCACCUGCUAACACUCGAGGAGGAGGACUUCAACGGCCAUUGGGGUAGCGCGUAUCGGCACAGUUAUGAGCCGGAAUAUGCGAGUAGCGAUGGCAAUCAGGAAGUGCUCGAACAACCGGCAAAUAAUCGGGAAAUGUUGUCACCGGUGACAACAGCUGGAGUGUUAGCAGCGACAAGUGGAAAUAACAACAACAACCGCAUCGCCAACUCAAAUUCAAAUAUGGAAACACUAAAUAAUGGCAAUGGCCUAUUGCUAUCGCCGCCACACAACAAUUCAGCUAGUAAUCACCAUCAACAACAGCAACAACAACGAAGCGCUAUUGCAGCAGUAGGCGCCGGUUCAGCAACGGGUGGAGGCGGUGGCGGUGGCAGCAGCAGCGGAGGUGGCCCUACCAGCGGCAGCGGUACCGCAACUGGCGGUGGGGAGCACAAUAUACAAAUAACACAACCAAUCAGCGCACCUUCAUCGCCGCUGGCGUCUCCUGGUGCUAUUUGCAGCGCAGUGCCCUUCUGUUUGCCAUCGAGUUCAUCGAGUGCUACGACCGGCGGUAGUGCCAGCAGCAGUAGCGGUGGUGGUGGUGGUAGCGGCAGCGGUUCGUAUGUUUGUUCAGCUGGUGCUGCAAAUCAAAUAAGCAAUGCAGCUACGAAUGCGGUCGAUACGGCCGAUCCCAAUUGGCAGGCUACCAAAGCGACGGUGCUGGAGCGGAACGCGGCUAUGUUUAACAAUGAAUUGAUGUCGGAUGUCAAAUUUGUUGUUGGCGGAGAAUUCGCACCAGAUUGUGUACAAACCAUACCGGCACACAAGUACAUCUUGGCCACGGGAAGUUCAGUAUUUUACGCGAUGUUUUAUGGUGGUUUGGCCGAGAAUAAACAGGAAAUUAAAGUGCCUGAUGUGGAGCCGUCGGCGUUUCUAACGCUGUUAAGAUACCUAUAUUGUGAUGAGAUUCAAUUGGAACCUGAUAACAUAUUGGCCACUUUGUAUGCGGCCAAAAAGUAUAUUGUGCCACAUUUAGCACGCGCCUGCGUCAAUUAUUUAGAGGUCAAAUUGACGGCAAAAAACGCCUGUCUACUUCUCAGUCAAUCGCGUCUUUUCGAAGAGCCCGAGCUGAUGCAGCGUUGCUGGGAAGUAAUCGAUGCACAAGCCGAAAUGGCGAUUAAAUCGGAAGACUUUGUCGACAUCGACCUAAAGACAUUCGAGUCGAUAUUGUCGCGCGAGACGCUCAACUGCAAGGAGAUACAUCUCUUUGAGGCGGCGCUCAAUUGGGCUCUGAAUGCUUGCCAGCAAAAGGGUGUCGAUGUGACGCCACAGAAUAAGCGCAGCAUGUUAGGUCAAGCAUUGCAUUUAAUACGCAUACCCACGAUGACGUUGGAAGAGUUUGCAAAUGGCGUCGCCCAGACGGGCAUACUCACAUCACAAGAGACUAUUGAUAUAUUUUUACAUUUUACCGCACAAUCAAAACCGCAUUUAAGCUUCCCUACACGUGCGCGUGCAGGCCUCAAAACACAAGUGUGCCAUCGCUUUCAGUCGUGCGCUUAUCGCUCGAAUCAGUGGCGUUAUCGUGGUCGUUGUGAUUCCAUACAAUUCUCAGUGGAUCGCCGUAUCUUCAUUGUUGGUUUCGGUUUGUACGGUUCAUCGACCGGUGCUGCUAAUUAUAAUGUGAAGAUCGAAUUGAAACGCCUGGGACGCACGCUCGCCGAAAACGAUACUAAAUUCUUUUCGGAUGGCUCAAGCAACACAUUCCACGUAUUCUUCGAGAAUCCCAUACAAAUUGAACCCGAGUGCUAUUACACCGCCUCCGUCAUACUUGACGGCAACGAACUGAGCUUCUUCGGCCAGGAGGGCAUGUCCGAAGUGUGCAUGGGCAAUGUAACGUUCCAGUUCCAAUGCUCAUCGGAGAGCACCAACGGCACUGGUGUGCAGGGUGGUCAAAUACCAGAACUGAUAUUCUACGGGCCAACAAUAGUUACGGCAUUGAGUUCACCAACUAACUCGCUGUGUCCAACACCAAUUGGUGCGAGUAGCAGCGGCGGCGGUGCGGGUGCUAGUGUAUCGAACGGCGGUGGCUUACAUGUAAAUUGUGAUGACUUAUUGGGUAGCGGCAGCAGUGAUGGUGGUGGUAGUGGUGCAUUGAGCGCAUGAGAAUUGUUGGAAUAUUGCAAAAGUGAUGAGUCAGAACUCUUUUGAGAGCGACGCGUGUGUAACAAAUAAUGGCAAUCUAUGGUUUUUCAAUGUGAAAUUUACAAAGCGAUAAAACUAUAAUGAUUAAUAGUUUAUACAUACAUAUACAUAUAAAUAAAUA